UUCAGAGUGGGAGAGGGGGAGGUGAAGACAGCCGGGCAAGCUGCAUCUCUGCCAGGCUGCUUCCCAUUCUCCUUGUUCUUUCUGAGCCAGAGCAUUUGGCACACCCGCUCCGGGUGCCUCCGAGCCCAUCUCGCAACGCCCAGGAUAGUGGGGUGUGAGGCUGGUGGCCAGGCACCUGGCCCUCCCUUAGCUCUGCUGGCACAGUCCCAGGACAGGACAUGUCAAGCUGCAACACCCCUGGGGGCCCCACUGCCCUGGACUUUCCGGAAGUCCUGAAGUCCCUACUGGAGUAUUCCUUGCCCUGGACCAACAAGAUGACAGAUAAAGAGAAGGAGAAAAUAAAGCUUGAAGAAGAUGAGGCAGCAGCUGCCAGCACUAUGGCAGUCUCAGCUUCCCUCAUGCCACCCAUUUGGGACAAAACUAUUCCUUAUGAUGGCGAGUCUUUCCACCUGGAGUACAUGGAUCUGGAUGAGUUCCUGCUGGAGAAUGGAAUUCCUUCCAGCCCUACUCACCUGGAUUUGAACCAGAAUCCACUCUUGCCUGUGGCUGAGUUGGAAGGGAAGGAAUCUGCCGGUGCUUCCACUGGUUCUCCUGCAUCUUCCUCUUCCACUGCAGUUUACCAGCAAUCUGAAGCAGCCUCCAGCACAGAGUCCCCACCACAAAAUGAGAGAAAUACACCCAGCCCCAUUGAUCCUGACUGCGUAGAAGUUGAGGUGAAUUUCAACCCUGACCCUGCUGAUUUAGUGCUGUCCAGUGUGCCUGGCGGUGAGCUCUUCAAUCCUCGCAAACACAAGUUUACUGAAGAGGACCUGAAACCACAACCUAUGAUUAAAAAAGCCAAGAAGGUUUUUGUCCCAGAUGAGCAAAAGGAUGAAAAAUACUGGACAAGGCGAAAGAAGAACAAUGUGGCAGCAAAGCGUUCCCGUGACGCCCGGCGGUUAAAGGAGAACCAGAUCACAAUUCGGGCGGCCUUUCUUGAGAAAGAGAACACAGCCCUGAGGACGGAGGUGGCAGAGCUGCGCAAGGAAGUGGGACGAUGCAAGAACAUUGUUUCUAAAUACGAGACCAGAUACGGACCCUUUGACUUAUCUGAUUCCGAGUGAUGCAACUUUAAAGACUUUUAAAAACAAAGAAACUAAAAAGCACACAUGAAUCGCCAGUCUUCAGAGUGAGCAGUGAAAUCUAUGAGGUGUCCCAACACAAACAACUGAUGAUGACCCUGCCUGCCUCCUUGCCUGCAAGUACCCCAUCUGACUACCCAGGGCUGGGCAUGAUGAAAAGUGCAAAGUCUCCUUAAUUGUGUAUAUGGCUUUCUUAUCUGUCUUUCUCACUGUAACUAUGAACUACAAUAAGCUUACCUACUGGGGUUUUGUCAAGACACUCAAAGUUCAUGUCUCAAAGUCUAUUGACAGCCUGUGUGAAUAGUGACUCUUCGUUUGGCACUCAAGUGGAAGAAGAGGGAGUUUUAAAUGAAAGUGUCUGUAUAUAUAAAGAACUGCUAUAUUUUAAGACUCUUUUCCCUGCAGUAUAAUGAAUUUUAUUUAAUACUGCAGCUCCCUUCUGGUACAGUGUAGUGUAUUGUGGAGUACUGUGAGUGCAGAACUAAAGACACCGGGAAGACAGCAGCCCGUAACGUGUGAGACUUCAGUGCAGAAGAUUACAGCAGAUGUACUGAAAUAAUCCAGAAAGCACCACAGUGUGCCAUACAGGGAGUAAUAAACCUCUAUCAAAUGACCCACGUAAUAAUAACCCACGUCGGUGGCUUUCCUGCUCCACAGCUACACUGCUGUAACCUGCCUUUUCCUUUAGUUCAUUUAUGAGGCUCACUUUCUUUUAUGGUAUCUUGCUGAAAAAGGAUCUAUUCUUCUGCUAACAACUUAGCAGUCAUGGAAAAGGUGCUAUUCUGAGCUGCUGAUCUCCAGGUCUUUUGGCAGUCUGAAACUACCAAAUGAGUAUUAGCUCCAGGAAAACAAUGGCUAUUAGUUGCCAUAUUGCCAUUUUCUGUCUCUUGACUGCAGGACAACUGUGGUGCUGAAGGUGAAACAGCCAAUGAUAUCCCACAGUUACAAUGGGCAGCUUAAGAGUGAGGACCCUUGUGCUCAUGUGGGAGGGUAGAUGAAAGCUUGGAUGGAUUGUGGUGAUGUUUAUUGUGUUUAGAAGAUGGAGGAAGUAGGUGGAAGUUCCGUUGUAAGAAUUUCAUCAGCAUAACAAGAAUCUGCUCUAUAUUAAGGGAGCUUGAGAGCUAAAUCUGUGUGGGAAGAGCAAGAGUAGUUACUUUCUAGGAAAGGAGUACAGGGCCAUGCUUGUAGCCAAAAUGGAGCUUGUAAGACAGGAGUGUGUUCAUGCCUAGAGAUUAAUGAAUAGCAUACACCUCAAAAAAAAAACCUUGAAAGCUUUCUGAAGCACAAGUGCCAAAAUUAUGAGGCAUGACUAGUUACCAGCAUAGCUCAGUACUAUCAUAUUGAACAAUUAUUUUGACUUUGUGUUUACCCAAGAGAUUCUACCCCUAAUUUCAGAGCAGAAAUACAAAGAGAAAAAUGUGAGAAGCAGCAGCUAACAUUGUAAGCUUAAUUAAAAAAAAAUAAAAAUCAAAAGCGAGGAUUCAUAACCUGUGUUUGACAGCAUAACCUUUGUACAGAGCUUAUAUAUUAAAUGUAGUUUUUGACCUAUCAUUUUUAAUGGACAAUGUACUGAAGUAAAGAAAGUGUUUUUAAUUUUUUGCUGGCUACCAAAGUAUACUUAUGAGUGUAUUAUUAUAAAGCUCUGAGAUAAUCUUGGGAUAUUUUUAUCAAAUAGAUAAAUAUCUUAGUUCCAUGUUGCUGAUAUGGCAGCAUAUAUCUCUACCUGUAUUGAGUACUGCUGAUUUGGACUGAUAUUUUUGGUAUGUACUGGUUUUUGCUUUACUUUGGUGAUAAAGGCCCAAACCAUGGAUUAAGAAAAACAAACCAGCAAGAAAACAAACAACCAUGACAGCAUGUAAAUGUAGCAACUCUUUUCAUUUAUAAUCUUAAAUUUUCAGUUUGCCCUGGCUGUUCUUAAAUGUCAUGCUUCCUGUUUAAAUCACAAAGCCAAAAGCUAAAUAGCUGGGCAAAGAAGUUGCUUCAUUUGGAUCCUACUGUGCUUAGGAAUAUCUUUUAAAUACUUACAUAUUGUAUACAGGAUUUGUUUUUGCGGUAUGUCAUAACAUUUUAACAGCAAAAUAUUCAGUCAAUGAGAUUAGCAUGUGCAAUUCUAUUGUUUUAUUUCUGUUAUCUUAAAAGCUUACACAGUGGAAACCAACAGUGAAUGUUCAUUAGAUCUUUCUUUCAGAGAAGACUGUUAGCAAACAUUUGUGCUUCCCUGUAGGACAAUGCAGAUUUGCACAAUCUGUGAUUUAUGUGUCUACGGGUUGCAAAACUGGAAAAUCGCACUUUAGGGUGAGUGCAGCUCAACUUUUGUAGCUGGGGAAUUUGGUGUUGUUGUUAUUAAGAAGAAGUAUCUUUAAAAAUAGAUGAGAGGGUAGUAACUAUUUAAAGGAGUGCAUAUAUAGCCAGACAGAAAAUACUGUGCAAUGCUGAACUCCUUUCUCAGUUUUUGCAGUCUCAGGAAGUUAAGUUUAUUGCUCCGGAGCUCCCUGCUCCUCUCAGAAUGAUUCACUCUAUCAUUUUGUUUCUUUGACUAGGAUGACAAUCCUAUCUGUAAGUGAUAACUUGGGUAUGUUUUCUUAGUGAUCAUAAGAAGAGAAAUAUUCUUUUAGCUCAAUUUGAAUGUUAAAAGAUGCUGAAUUGACACUGUUAGGGUUUGAAGUUCUCUAGCCUUGGAACAUACUCUGUAGAGGCCAUAAGUUUGCCUGAUGCCAACCUAACCCCAUUCCACAAAGGGACCAUCUCCAAGGGGAGAGAAUAAAGGGCAUGUGCACCUUUCAGCAUCACUGCAGGGAUUGCCAGGAAAGAGAGCAGUUCAUGACAAUUGUACUUUCAUUAGGAAGAAGAUUGACACCACAUGGCCAUUUCAUAGUACUAACUUUGAAAAUAUAUAAACUGUGGGUGAAAGGUGGACAACGAGUGUUGUUUUACUCUACAGAAGACAGCAGCUAUGAAUAAAUAAUGUGCAAUUUGUAAUACAGUAUUGCUUUCAUACAUGAUGAUCUAAUCUACGUAUAGUCAGUUUGUGUCUAAAAAUUCCAAAAAGCUUAAUCUUUCACCUGUUGCCAAGAUCUGCUCCCACUGAAGCUGGUAACAAAGAUAUCAUUAACUCCCACAGGAAAAAGUCUUUACUCUUAUGUGGUUAUUGUAAAGUUUUAGCAAGUGUUGGAGUUAUGGGUGUCUUUGCUUUCCUCUGAAGCAUUCUGUGCUGGGAUCAGGUGGAUACAUCUCAGAUUGCAGGUGUAGUGUUGGUAAACUGGUCCUGAUAAUUUUGAUAUUCAGAUAAUCUGAACUCUGCUUUUUUUUUGGUCCUCCAUGGACAGAGUGAAAAAGUAGUGUAUUAUGAACUUUUGUUGGAGGAGAAAUGUUUUUGGGUUGUUUGGUUUAUUGCUAAGCAUCUUUUUGCAGUAACAUUUUAUGUCUUUUCUGACAAUUCUCCAUUUCCUUGCUGUGCUGUUUGAGUGCCCAAGGUGUUCUAACUAGAGAUCACAUUCAGCAUUAUCUGCAGGCCUGCUACUAAUUGUACCAAAUCAAUUUCCAGUUGGGAGGUGCAGUGGAAGCCCAGCAGCUUUGGGAAUGCUGUAAUAAAACCACUUAUGCAGAAUUUUUUUUUUUUUUUGUAGAUAGCAAAAAAUAAUGGACCUGCACAGAGGAGAAUAUUGCUGCUUCGGUAUUGGAAGCCACCUGAGCAUAAAAGGGCUUUGUUCCUUGUGAUCAGGUGCUUUCAUUUUUAGUGAGAGGAAGGUAUCUCAGACCUUUGUAAAAUCCAGAUAGGCUUUUGUUCACCCUUCUAGUUUUAGCUGCUAAGCACAAGAUGAGAAAUGCAAAUUUAUCUUAGUGCAUAAAUCUCUUAUUUUUGGCAACAUACGCCUAAAUCCAUAAAGAGCAAAAUCAUUUGUUAGUGCUAGCAUUGUGCCUUUGCAGCACUACAAGACUCAGACUGGCUUUCUAGAUGUUCAGAUAAUUACUCUGGUCUGUAUAUCUGCCACUGUAACAUGGUGAAGAUAGAUAAACUCACAGUUGAAGACUGGGAGAAAGGUAGAAAGAAUAAGCCUAACUAAAUAUCUGUGGAGAUGCUAACAUAAUGCUAAUUGAGAAAUUACAGUGAUUUAACUCCUCAUAAUGCAAAUUGGCAUACGGAUGUAAUUUGUUAGUUUGAUAGUCUGCUAUCCCUCACGAGUCACUUUUGGAAUGCAAACUUCUUGAAGUUCAGACACCUACAGGGAAAAAGGAAUCCUUUGAGUAGAUAUAGACAUAGAUACUUGGCAAGGACAGCAAAGAAUGAAAGAGGAAGAGGAGAGUAAUGCAAGAGUCUGACCUGAGCGAAAUUGCUAAAACUGACUCCUCACUGUUUACAAUUUUAGGCCAAUUUGAAUUCCCUCAGUUUAGCAUCAUACUGAAGAUAAGUAAUUAUUUAGGUCUUGGGAAUCUCCUUGUCUUGGUCCUACUUCCACAGUCCAGAAAGGAAUAUACAGAUAGGGAGAAGAGUUACUGCAGAAAGGCAUGAAAAAAUAGCUGUUGCUUCAACUAAGUGUGCUGUUGCGCUGGGACUUGACCUGCCAAUGUGACCUGGUCAGUGCUGUCUCAUGAGGAAACUACUAUCUGAGGCCCCAGUCUUUUAAGGCCUCAUUUCUGCUGUCAUUUCUGCAUGGGAAGAGCCCUAUAUCUGUAGACAACCAUGUGGACUUCACAGGAUCUGUUAUUGAAUGUGAAGCUCUGCCCAGGCAGUCAGCUGCAGAAUUGUGUCCUUAACACAUUGUCCAGUUGUAGUUAGAGGGCUGUUGAUAUUAAGUGUAAUAUGGGUGCCUGUUAUAUAGCCAAAACCCUUGUUACUUCAUUUUCCUAACUAAGGCAUGAGCAGAAGCCCUUUGCUGUACAACAUCUGUAAAAAACUUUAAAAUGUACUUCACAUACGUCUAGUAAAUUAAGGCAUGUGAUUUUGGUCUGUGGGUCUCAACAAACCUUGCUCGUGUACCUGCCUGAAUGUUUUCCUAGAUCUGCAGCUGUUUCAGUGAGAAGGGAUGGUGGGAUUUGUUCUCUCCAGGGGGCACGAUAGCAGCUCUCACCUGUCCCACUGCGGUGACCGCUCGCUACUGGCCAGGAUCAGGGAUGGAUGCAUCCUCCGCACUUUUAUGUGAAGUUGUCUGAAAUAUGGUGAUUAACAUAAUUAUUGGAAUACUGUAUUUUGUAUAACUUAGAACAUGUAAAUACACUUUUAAAACUAAUCUGUUCUAUGAAGUAAUAAAUAAGUGCUUCCAUUGUAAUAUCUGAAUAUUGUUAAUGCUUCAUGUAGCUUGAUUUGGGAUUAUUUCUUUCCUAGAGAACUACAGAAAUCAAAACAAAGAUUGAUGUUGUGGAAUUCUAGUCUAGUUGUGAUGCUUUCUAUCAACAAAAAAUGUUUUAAAAAUAAUAAUGAGCUACUUAAGCAGAGAAACUAAGAUUUUGAGGGAACUGAUUCUCUUCCAGUCUUUCUUUAACAGUUGUCACUGAUUACAUUCAUAAUUCUACUCUUCCCAUCCUGUUAGCUGGACAGUUGAUUUGUUUGUGAGUAGCAUUUGGAAAGUAGCAAUAUUAAAUUAUUUGUAAACUUCAGUGACUGAGGAAAACUAAAGCUGGGUGGUUUUUGUUGGGUGUGUUUUUUUUAACUAUUCUCUCUUUUGGCUCAAACAGAUCUGUCUCCACCCUUCAGCCAGACUGCAGCAAGUUGCAGUGCAACAGUGAGUGACUGUUACUGAAGCUCAUUUGUGACUUAGAUAGUCUACAUCUUUAUUAGUUCCAUUAUGUACAUAGAUGACACAGGUUUCCUGUUGUAGUGUGGAGAGAGAGAGAAAGUGAUUAAUGACUUUUGCUGAGUACAUGUUCACUGGAUGCUGCACAGCUGGACCUUUCAUCAGAUUUCAUGACCUUUUCUAUCUUGUGUUGAAAAGAAAAAAAAAUAGAAAACAGUGGAGUGAGAAUCAUAAGUAGUCUGCUAGGAAAUCUGAACGCUUGGGUUUUGAGGAGGAGGUGAGAUUAAUCCAUCAGCCUUCAUGUAAAGAAAUUAGCCUGUGAUGACACUUUCUCCAGCCAUCAUGUCACUUUGUCUUCAAUGCUGUACUGGGGCAGUCUCUUCUCUGGUAACAGCUGUGUCUGCUGUGUUCCGUAAAUGACAAAGCCACAUCUUUUAAAGUGGGCAGAGACAACGGCAUCUCUUUUUAUUUUCUUCUAUUUUCUUUCCUCCUCUCUCAGUGUCUCUAGGCUGUAAAAUAGCUAUGAAACAGCUAAGCAAAUGUGCAAGUUAUUCUGAAAACUCUGUUCUUGUUAAGCUUUUUCAGACACAUACAGUUUUUAACUGAAUAAUUUGAGGGAACUCCUAUCUGCUAUAUUUGGCCUGAAAUUCUGUUGCCUCUUGGAUAAAAGUAUUUUUUUGUCUUCAGAUGUGACACUGAUCUGUCCCAUUCAUUCAGUGGGAUGGAUGAUAAAUCUGCACAGUAUUUAUAUAAGAUACAAAUCUGAUCUUAGUUUUACUGUGUGUUAAGUUGUUUAAUCUCUUGGAUGUCUACUCCUUGAGGUUGUCUAUAUAAUUCCUGUAUAUGUAGCUGCUUUUUGAAGCAGUCCAUCAAGAGCAUUUAAAAUCAUCCUGACUGAAAAAUUCUAUAGAAGUGAAAGUGAUAAUAGAGCUUGUAAAGCAGCUGGGUAAAACUGUAUUGCCAUAAAUGGUUUUAAUUUAUAUAUGAAUCUUCUGUCCCAAACUGCUUAUUUUGUACAUAAACCUAAACACUCCUGGCAGCUGAUGGGUGAAAAUAAAGGUGCUUAAACAGCAAUCUAAUGAGGAAAGGGCAUUUCACUAUUACAGAGUUGGUAUUAUUUUAUAUUUCCAUUUAUUACACUUUUUUAAAUGUAUAAACCACAGAUUCUCAAAGUCUUCGGCUUGGAUUUUGUGAGUAGUUUAAAUCCUCUCACCUCUCUGCUCGUAACUGGUUUUUAAGAAAAAGAAAAGCUUUUGUUUAAAAUGUAAAAUUUUGACUGUAUUAACUUCUGUUAGUACCCUUCCUUUUUAAGAAAUAAAAUGUAUAUUCCACUA